GUUUCCGCAAAAUCUUUAGGUGAAAUGUAUUCGAAACGACAAACGUCGAGGAGACUCUAGUGAUUCUAGGGUCUUAAAAACAAAAUCCUGUGGUGGUCACCGAUGUCACUCCUAAUUUGAAGCUUCUCAGAAGGGUCCACAACACAGAGAAACAAAAUGGGGAUCCUCUGGUCAAGAUUCAAGAACAAGCCUGGAACAAAGGAGUUACUAGAUGACAUUGAAAAGAAAGUAAGAAAUAUAAAUGAGUACAAACUGAACACAGAGCGACAGCAGAAGAGGCUUGUGGGAGCUCUGAUAUUCUACUCGUGUUUAUUCUACAUAUUGUGUAUGGUCAUAACAUACGUGUGGUACUACCCGAGGACACUUCAGGGCCAAGUCUUGUGCGCUGUGCCAGUGGUGCUGUUUCCUGUCGUAAUAGUGCUUGCCAAAAAGCUACUGCAGUGGUACUUCAGGAGAAAAAUUGAGAGGAAAAAUGAGGAGCUCACAGAUCUGAUAAAGCAGAAGCGCUCAGUGCUUGACAAUGUCAUGGAAACUGAGACCUACAAAGUUGCCAAGGAAAUUCUGGAGAAAUAUGAUCCAGAAACACUCAGGAAAAGUGUCAAAUUAGAAGAGAAGACUGUCAAGCCAUUGCUUGGCACAGAUCCAGAUUUGCGGCGGCGCAUGCUACCCCAACCCAUCAAGGGCGCCCCCAUGCGCCCAGGAGCCCGGCUACCUCACUCGAACCUCAAGAUGCCUUCCUCCUCAAUGCCCAAUGCUCCCUUUGAGGAGCGCCGCAUGAUGGUGGUUGCUCCAGGCAUGUCGAGGAAUGGGCAGCAAGCACACGGUCCGCUGCCGGUGCCUACCCUGCCCCGGCCAAUCCUGCCUCGAGAGAGGACAGCUUUUGACCGAGUCAUCGACUUUCUCGUGGGAGAGGGCCCCAGCAACCGGUACGCGCUCAUCUGCACCCGCUGCUGCUCACAUAACGGAAUGGCGCUCAAGGAAGAAUACGAGUACCUGUCAUUCCGGUGUUGCUACUGUUUCCACUGGAACCAGGCUAAAAAGCAACGCCCCGAAUUGCCAAGGGUGCUCGAGAUGCCGCCAGCGGGCAUGCUCGCUCUUCCAUCUCCACCUUCAGCUGCACCUGUCCCUGCUGAAGAGUCGUCCAUCACUGUGAACAACCCCAGCAGUGAGAAAGACACAGAUGAAACGGACAUGGAAACAUGCGACGAAGGCUUUGAGAGCAAGGCGGCGAAGGAAGAAGGCCCGCCGGACGACAGCCUUCCUGCCGCAAAAAUCUUGCCAGUUGACGCCUCGGGCGACAUUUUGGGCCUCCACGAAAUAUCCCGCCAGCCAAAGCAGGCUGUCGUGGCACCUCUGCCCAAGAACCCGCAGUGCAAAAAGGAUGACUAGAUCACCGGUCACCUCAGAUGUGCCUUAAAAUUUUUUCUUAUAGCUCCUACUACUAACCGAGACAAAGACGUGUUGCUGUGUAGUAUGUAUGGAGCGCCGAGAUAAAUACAUGCUGCCAUGAAUCUUGGUAAGAGAUUAGUGAAGUAUGCCGAACGUUUGUAGCCCUUGUUUUGGAUGAGUGUUGUUCUUGGGGAGGGGGGUGAUAUGUUUGUGCACGUGUUAUUGCUAGCAAUCUCCCAAUUUUGUUGUGACUGUGUACAGUUAGCAUUAAAACUGAAUGUCCAAUAAUCAUGACUAGAAUAGUAAAUUAUAUGUCCCAUUUUAUGUCAGGCUUCUUUUCCUUCUUUCGUUUUAUUGCUUUUCGGUGGCCUGUACAGUUAAGGGGUGUCAUUGAAUGUCAUUUUUUUUAACUAAUCUACAUUCUACGCUCAAACAAAAUGUUUGUGUGUUUGUUGCUGUAAAUUCCCACGACAUAGCCUUAUGCACUUAACGAAUAUCCAAUGCACAGCAGUCACUGAUCACUGUGCCAGCUGUUGCAGAGGUCGUUAAGAUGGUUUUCUUUUUUUCUCGCAAAUGGAAAAUUUCUCUGGUAACAUUGCGCUGUCCGAAAGGCAGUGCACAAUUUGCAUUCGUUGCUGGCGUUUUAAGAGGUAUUCGUUAACUGGGGGUUGCCUGGGUUACGAUCUGUGCCAUGGUGGGUUAUAACUCUGUCGGGUGUUGCAAUACAUGACUACACAUGCAACUUCUGUAGACUUGCCACAAUUCAAACUCUGAUACUUAUUCGAAAAUUACCACUAUUUCGAACGAACCUAAAUUUUGCGGUAAAUAUUGACUUUCUGGCUUCCCAAGGCAAAGGAAUAUGGCGGAAAAUUGACUGAUGAGAGGACACAUCUAUACGGCAUGAGUAGCCUAAUGUGCUCUUGUUUGAUAUUUAGGAUGCUGUGCGUCUUGACGUGUGUCACAACAAUACGGUGUCAUUGACCGGUUGCUGCAGGAGCAACUGGGUCGUGCGCAUAUCAGUCAAUGUGCUUGUUUCAGUCGUACAGGGGCCGUAUUCUGAAACACUUGUACAUGCAAUGGCCUCAUAGUUGUGUUUCGGGCCAUAUUUUAUCGAACUUCAAAUAAAUUGAACUUUUGAUAAUUUGAACAAAACUCUUCUUGUCUCUAGGAGUUAGAAUUGAUGCAAAGUCAUCUGCUGCAUACAUGCAUGGCGAAACCAUUUGCAGUGAACUGAAUGUUACUGAUGUUAUUUUAUUGGUGGCAUAAAAACGUGAUGAACGUUGGUAUCAUGCACUGUAAAAUAAACGUGGGCUAUUGUUGCUCUGAAUGUAACUGCUGGUUUAGAUCAUGGCUCUCACUUCUUUAGUCUAUUAUUUAAAGAAAAAAAAAAACAUCCUCAUUCUAGAUUUUUUUUUUUUCCAGUUGGACUGUUCUGUGUGCCUUAUUUGAGAGUCAUUUUUUCUUUUGGUUGGACUGUUUUAUGUGCCUUGUUUUAGGAUUGAAUAAAUCUGUGCAAAAAACUU